AUGGACAAGAACAUCCCGCCCUCCUCCAUCGCCGUCAUAACCUUUUACAAGGACCAACAACGACUCCUGGAACAGCCAGCCGCUUGCAUCGGAGUUCGUCUGCACACCGUGGACUCCGUACAGGGUUAUGAGAUGGACACUUGUUUCUCCACUCGACUCGAACUCGAUUGGAACAAUCCUCCGGUGAAUUCCUUAGACGACCUCAAACGGAUGAACGUCGCGCUCACCCGCUGUCGUCACGGCCUAUUCAUUUUAGGACACGUCACCGCACUCCGCUCACUUUCCAAUUGGGCACGCAUACUGCGACGGGCCGCCGCAAAGAACGUCAUCAUCAGCCCUUCUUCGCUUCCGGAGCUAUUCUUUCGAAUAUGCUCCUUCCGACGCAUG